AUGUCGGGAAGCGUGUUUCCCGGUUGGCCGCGCUCGAGCGACGAUUUGGUGCCGCUGCCCAAUUGCGAUGGCCCCAAGCUGGAGCCGUUCGACUUCCACGGUCCGCAAAAGAUUGAGUUUCUCGAAUACAUCGGAGAAGGGCUCCAUGCACACGUCGUGAAGGUGCAGAUUCGCAAUAGGAUAUACGCAGUGAAACUGUUUCGCUUUUGCUUCGACGAUGACUGGCUUAGCCCCGACUAUGACAUGGGCCGAAAAGACUGGGAAAUGAUGAGAGCUUUCUACGAGUACGCCGAGCCCUUCAACUGCGAGUGCCGUGCCUUUGCCAGGCUAAAAGAGGCUGGGCACGAGGAUCUUGCCAUCGGCUGCUUUGGUUAUCUCCUGCUAGACGAGGAGCACGAGCGGAAGCUGCUCACCCAGCUUCAUGAUCAUCGCAUCGAAUUCAAUGGCAGCAUAAAUUGUCCUGGGGGGAACCAUGACGAGGGCCCCAUCCGGGAGCGCUUCCUGGGGCCCGACGGACGGCCGCCGCCGAUCCGGGGCAUCGUCAAGGAGUACGCGCCUCCCGGGGAAGAGCACGAAUUUCGGCAGGCUGAUGCGGAAAAGAUGCUCGCCGACGUGAAGAAGCUGCAGCAGCUCGGCAUCACAUGUAUCGACGUCGCGGCCCGACAGGUCAUAGGCGGCCGGAUCAGCGACUUCAGCACCGCAGUCACCACGCCGCACUUUGCCACGACGCCGGAGUUGAACCCACACCUGACGCCCGAUAUGCGCAGAGCCGUAGAGCUUCAGACUUUUAUCCACGCCAAGGAGGACUAUCUCGAGUUUGACUCGAUGAUAAGAGUUUGGAAUCGGGAACAUGCCAAGGAGCAUGGCGUCAUCACUACGUCAGCGUUUCCCGGUCACAAAGGCGCCCCAGGCCUCUGCCGCUACGAUUUCAGGAGAAAGGUGGCUCAGAAGCGUGUCUAUACCUUUGUUGACCCGAGACUCUACGACUGGAAGGUGCGUCCAAGGAAAGGCGUGAAGAACCGGCGACGACCUCUGCGUGCAAAGCCUCCCCUGUGGAUCUAUCGCUGUGGUGAGAAUGAGGGUUUAGCCAACUCAUUAAUGUCUGCUUCCACAAAGUUUAUGGGCAUAGAGUGGGAGUAUCGAGAUGGACGUAUAUUUCCGCGGAUGAGUGACCCGGACACUAUUGCUCUGCUUGCCAGGAAUUGA